AUGUCGUCGCCCUUUUCCAUCAAUGGCGGCGCCUGUGUCGCCAUGGUGGGCAAGGACUGCGUCGCUAUCGCCUGCGACCUCCGGCUCGGCCUGCAGGCCCUCACCGUUUCCAAUAACUUCCCCAAGAUCUUCCGGUACGGCGAAGUCUUCCUUGGCCUCACCGGCCUCGCCACCGACGUCAGCACCGUCAGUGAUCUCUUCCGCUACAAGGCCAACAUGUAUCGCCUGCGGGAGGAGCGCACGAUCGCCCCGCGAACAUUUGCCAACCUCGUCUCGUCGUCCCUCUACGAGCGCCGAUUCGGUCCCUACUUUGUGUCGCCCAUCGUCGCCGGACUCGACCCAAAGACAGGAAAGCCCUUCAUCUGCGGCUUCGACAGCAUCGGCUGUAUUGAUUUCGCAAAGGACUUCAUCGUCUCCGGGACCGCGUCAGAGCAACUCUUUGGCAUGUGCGAGGGCCUCUGGGAGCCCGACAUGGAACCCGAUGCACUAUUCGAGACCAUCUCACAGUCGCUGCUCAACGCCGUCGACCGCGAUGCUCUGUCCGGCUGGGGCGCCCAUGUCUACAUAAUCGAGAAGGACAAGGUCACGAAGCGAUUGCUCAAGGGUAGACAAGAUUAG